CAGUCGAGGGAAGAUGGCGGAGGCUGCUCCUUCUGCUGCGGAGGAGGAGAAGGCUCCGAGCUCGGCCUCCUCUGGGCCCGUGUGCCUCCUGGUGCUGGGCAUGGCCGGGUCCGGGAAGACGGCGCUCGUGCAGCGCCUGGCGGCCCACCUGCAGGGGAAGCACCGCCCGCCCUACAUCAUCAACCUGGACCCUGCCGUCCACACGCUACCCUUCCCGGCCAACAUUGAUAUCCGGGACACAGUGAAGUACAAAGAAGUCAUGAAGCAAUAUGGACUGGGCCCAAACGGAGGCAUCGUGACUUCCCUCAACCUCUUUGCCACCAGAUUUGAUCAGGUGAUGACAUUUAUUGAAAAGCGACAAGCUGCGUCUCAGUAUGUCCUGAUUGACACUCCUGGGCAGAUUGAGGUGUUCACUUGGUCCGCUUCAGGGACUAUCAUCACGGAAGCCUUGGCCUCCUCCUUCCCUUCGGUGGUGGUUUACGUGAUGGACACCUCUCGCAGCACCAGCCCUGUCACCUUCAUGUCCAACAUGCUCUAUGCCUGCAGUUCACUCUGCUUCUGGCCGCAGACGGACAUCAUUGACCACCGCUUUGCUGUGGAGUGGAUGCAGGACUUUGAGGCCUUCCAAGAGGCCCUCAGCCAGGAGGCCUCCUACGCCAGCAACCUGACGCGCUCCAUGAGCCUCGUCCUGGACGAGUUCUACGGCUCCCUCAAGGUGGCGGGGGUCUCUGCUGUGCAAGGGACCGGGAUGGAGGAGUUCUUUGAGCUCGUGUCCCAAGCAGCUGAGGAAUACGAAAGAGAGUAUCGUCCAGAAUACGAGCGGCUGAGGAAGAAGCUGGAGAAAGCCCAGAGCCGGCGGCAGCAGGAGCAGCUGGAGCGCCUACAGAGAGACAUGGCCUCCCCCGUGGAUGUGGCUGCGGAGGGAGGCCCUGCUUUGCCCGGCUCAGGCCCAGCAGCAGCAGAAUUGUCUUCCGCGGGCCCCUCCGGCCUGAUCAUGACGCGAGGGACGCUGGAGGAGGGAGAGGACGAAGAGGAAGGCCUGGACAGUGACACGGACGACAUUGACCACGAAGCAAGCGAAGGGAGCCACGAAGAGCCGGCCUUCCGGAACUUCCUGCAGGAAGCCAAGCAGCGGUACCGGGCCAGAAGUGGACAGUAGCCACUAAGGACGGAAGGAAGGAAGGAAGGAAGAGGAGGGUGAACAGACUGGAUGGGAUUCAGUUGGACAGCAACCCACCUACCCCCAGUAUACUCCAAGAGACACUGGCUCCCUGGGGUGUUUGGGGUGAAGUGUCCCCCGCCCCCAAAAUCUCUGUCUUUUGGGAAGGACUCAGGAAGCGCCCUUCAAAGAGGAAUUGGGGUCACCCGCCUCCUGCUGUCGUUGAGGGAAUCCUGUAAUAUUUUCUGUGUGUGUGGCUUUUGUAACUUAUUAAGAAGCAUCUAUUUUGCUACCAA